AUGCAGCGCUUUAGUUAUCUACAGAACUGGAGGCGCCCUUCGCAGGCUGAGAAGCCACAUGAUCCAGUCCUUACAACUGAAGACGAGCAAUUCCUACAGUCCAUUACUGCUCAACCUACAAAGGCAGAGGCUGCAUUGUCGUUGAACGGUGAUGAGAAUGUCCGACCGCCUGCCGAUACCUCAAGCGCGGAGGCACAUAAUAUUCCCCUACCAGUUUCCCCGAUCGAGGAGUUCAAAGAGCUUGGUGAAAAGGAGCGAAGAGCGAGCAAUGCUGGAGUCGUCCGUACAGAUUCGAAGCUUUCCCAUGUUGAGAGCACUCCACCUUCAGACAAACAGAAGGGAACAUGGAAUUGGCUGCGUAGGAGGGGCACAAGCUGGAAGAAGAAGGACAAAGAAGCGACAGCACCAGGAGAUCUGAAUGACUCGCGGGCCCUUCGAUCCUCCGAUCCUGCCAACAGCGAAGCGAAACAAGAGACUGAUGACAUGACGGAGAUCUUGGAGCGCCUCAACUUAGCUGCAGAUAACAACCGCGUCUUCUCGAUCAGUGAUGAGACCCAGGAGCUCCUGCGCAAAUUUAAACUCAUCUUCAAGGACCUCAUGAAUGGUGUACCUACCGCUUACCACGACUUGGAGAUGCUCCUUAGCAAUGGCAAUAAGCAGCUACAGCAGACAUAUUCGCAGCUCCCAGGCUUCCUUCAGAAGCUGAUUGAGAAACUCCCGGAGAGGUGGACCGAGACAUUGGCGCCAGAAAUGCUCGCAGCGGCUAGCGAGAGGGCCAGCCGAACCGGCCUCAAUGUUGAGAAUGUGGGCAAGGCGGCUGCAGCUGCUAAUAAGAUGGGCCUCAAGGUGCCAAAUUUGAAGGAGCUGGUUGGUAAACCUGCCGCCAUUGUGGGCAUGCUGCGGUCCAUUAUGGCAUUUUUGAGAGCGCGAUUCCCAGCAGUCCUGGGAAUGAAUGUGCUCUGGUCUUUGGCUUUGUUCAUCCUCCUAUUUGUACUCUGGUACUGCCAUAAACGUGGCCGUGAGGUACGCCUAGAGAACGAGCGUCUGGUGACAGAAGAGGAAAUUACCAGAUUGAACGAGGAAUCCACCGAAGGAAGGAUACGUACUACUGAGACGCUCAUUACGACAGCGGCUCCUGGAGCAUCUGUCGCUGAAAUCCGCGAAGGCGUCAAAGAAGCACAGCAAGCAGGAGAAUCAGCCCCUGCUACCGCUGAGACAGGACAGGACGAAAGCACUGCUACUUCUCCGAAGCCAGCAAGGUCAAAAUCAAUCUUAUCUAUGUGGUCAAGGUCCCAGACGAAGCCGACACCCAAAGUUGAACCUUAUCCCGGGACGUGA